GAUUUGUCGGCAUAAGUUCGGUGGAUUUCGAGCUGGUAUGAAGGAACGCUUGGAAGGAACGAGCGCGUGAUGCGCGCACGCGACGCGCGGGCACGUGCUCCGUGUGGCUGGGUUCCAACGCCGCAAAUCAGACUUCAACUUGAGCGUGUAUGAUCAGGAGUGCAAAGAAAUUCGGAUCUCUGUGGUCAUUAAGGUCUCAGCUAUACGUCAAGAUCUGGUAGGCAAGAUCUGGUUGCACCACUUUCCCUGGAGCCAUCCCGUAGAUGAUGUCGCCACAGCACCAAUCUGUGCUCUAUGAAUGCGUUGUAACGAAAGGGAAUCCCUGGGGGCUGCAAACGCCUCAAACGAGGUCCCCUAUUACUCACACGGCUCUCGUUGUAACAUGACCAUUUGGCGGGACGAAACUGCUUGCAAUGCAAUCUACCAUCUGGAGCUAUGAUAUUGGGCGGUUAUACGCUCUCUGUGAUGCUGUUGUCUCGAAAUGAGGCUGUCCCAAGUAUACGAGUUGCUGUGCGGCAUGCUCUUGGCAUCGCCUUAGAUGUCAGAUUUCCUCGUGUUUCUAGUCUGGCAGUGUGUAGCGUGUGCAUUCCCCUACAGCCCAUGCAUAGCAGCGAGGGAAUGGGCGUCUACGGUCUCAAUGUACAACCAGCCCCCCGGCUUUGUUGUCGAUGCACCCCUUGAACGCGCUCUCUCUGCCUCGCAUGGACUGCAGAUCGAUUUCGAAUUCGCUCCUCCGGCCCAAUACCAUCCUUGCUCCGUCCUGCAGGGGCCUACCGAGCCAUUUGCGCACCAUUCCAUUUCUGUAGCAUCCCUUGACUCGUCCAAUCACCAGAUAUUGUACGCUACUGCGCCUUCAGAGGUGGCAGCAUUCUCCUACCAGUCGUCGCCUUCAUGUUGGCCGAGCUCUCGCCAUGUUCUACGACUUCGUCCUCAGAAUACUCUUUCGAAUCGUAUCCACCUACUCGUUCGUCUCAAGAUUUGUCUACUUGCUACGGGUCUGCUGUGGGCGAUGUAGACGGGAGCUUGCCAUUUCUCGAGUGGAGGGCACACCAAAGAUCCGACGGCAUCUCAGAAGCCUUCUCACCCCUCUUCUCUAUGCAGACUGUUCCAGAUUUCCUUUUCGAACAUCCCUUGUCUCCGUGUGUCAGAGACUGCGCGGAUACUGCUAUACCACGCGAUAACCCCGUAUCAGACCUGUCCAACGAUACUGAAGUCUCAGACCGCAUUGUCAAAAUGCAGGUCGGAUGCGAAGCUCACACGCUUACUUCUACUCAGCGCCGCAAGCAGCCCGCUGACUUUUCCUGCGAUCUCUGUCUGAAGAGUUUCACAACUCGGCAGAACCUAUCUACGCAGACCAUGAUAAUUCGCAUCGGGGGCGUAAACCGCAUUCUUGUGACGAAUGCCAUGCCCGUUUCACGACUACAAGCGAUCGGAAUCGCCAUCAGCGCAGAUGUGCAGGAAUUCGUCGGUCUAGGUGUCUACAUCGAACUAGUCGUAUCGGAGUAG